UCUCCAACUUCGAAGAGCGCGGCCUCUUCGCGCGGCAGGCCGGCGGGAGGUGCUGUUUCUGGUGCUCCGCCAUCAAAUAUUAACGCAGAAAACGAGAUGAAGUAUUUUCCUGCUGCACUGGCAUCCGAAAAUCCACAACCAGACAUCAAUCCCUCCUCUCCCCCGAAGAGCCCCCGCACUUGCCAGCAAACGCGGCAAUCCAAACUUGAGCGGCUGCUCGCGGGUUUGGGAGAUCCGCGGAAGCUAGGGGUCGAGCCGCUGGGGUCACCGCGACCACCGCCAUUUGAUCAGAGGAAACACGCUGGACAGGGUGGUGGAGACGCGCAGGAAAGCCAUUUCGCAGUAGAGCAGGGCACGAUGAAAACGGUAACGGAAGUCACCAAUUCUGCGAGCAGGGUAAGAAACUUGAAGUGAAAGCUAUUGAAAACCUUCUAGUACUACGCAACAUCUGCGUCUGUCUUUUCCGUCGUUCUCUUUCUCACGAAAAUCAUGACGCGAAGGAAUAGGAAUUCUUUUCUUUGGUUUCGAGACGUCAUCACAAGAAAAAAAUACUCAUUACAUUUGCCUCGUAAAUAUUUUAAUGUCACAAAAAGAUUUCUGCUUCGCCGACAAGGCGAGCGCCAACGAUGUCCGAGGUUAUGGAAGAACGGAUCCAGGGGCUCGGUUGGGAGGAACUAGAAAUGCUGGUUGAGGAGGAAGUAUAGAGCUGCUGUUUGUGCUCGUGCUUGUAGUCGUGCCGACACUCAUACUCAUUGUCGAGCUGAAAAUCCUAGGAGUGGUUCCCACAAAAACAGUAAAUGUUGAAAUUGCAAAUGCACGUGGACGAAGCGAGAAGUAGAUUUCAAAAAAUCCUGCGCAUCAGAUCACCCGGUUCAAUGCCCGCUUUCUGAAGACCGCUGAACGAGACGCGGAGGCGGAAAGCUUACUUGCGAAAAUUUUCAGUCGCGAGAACUACCACCCAAGUACAAGCUCUUAUCAGCAGCGCGGGCAACAUCUACAGUAUAACUCGAUGCACCACCAGCGACAAAGUCAAAGAGCGACCACAGGACCGGGACCGGGUUUCAGUGGCUUUACUUCCUCUGGCAUGCCGUACAUCCCCAAAUUGCCGAUUUCAGUCGAGCCGAGUAACUACUCAACGACGCCUGUGUCGAGCUCCAGGGCAACAAGUUCCAAGCCGCUAGUUGUACCACGGGCAUCUUCUACCGGAGGACCAGCAACUGGCUCUGCGAGAAUGUCUUCCGGCGCGGCAGGGACAGGAGCGGCUCGAUCAACGAUGAAGUCGCCGACUAUGAGCAGUAGAAUGUCACGGGCUGUAGUGCCAGCCUCGAAGGGCAAGGGAGUUGUGUCGUCUCUGGACGAAGACAUCCUGAAUAUGAACGAGAACUACGUGAAGCCGCCAAAAGACGACCUAACUGCGGGCUUCCACAAAACUUUUGGUACAGAAAGAUGUUUUUUGGAAUUUUCUCUGACAACACGCAUGAGAUGAAAUCAUUCGUGUCAUGCUGCCUGCGCUGCAAAACUACAAGUGCAAACACAUAAGCUGCGGUGAUGAAAAACCGUAAUUCCCUAGGCUACCGCCAGCCGGACGAGUACGACCGCCUGGGCCCGCCGCCCCGAUGCUCGCGUUUGCUCGCCAACGAAAGCAAGAAUGGCAAAAGAGCGGACCAAAUCAAGUACGAUCUGAACGGCCUUCCAAUUUCCGCGCGGACCUCCAGCUCCGUUGGCAGACACAGCACCAGGACCACGACGAGAAAUAGUGGAGUGGGAAAGCAAGAAUUACUACAUACUGGCGUUGGUGGCGCACCAGCCCGUGUGGAUGAAGAUGUAGGUGGAAGCAAAAACCUAAACCAGGACAGCAAAAUGAAUAGCAAAACCGAUUUCGUGAAAAAGAAUAUUGCGGAAGCCGGAUUGAAGUGCGACGCUUUGUCCAUCGGGGACAAUGUUCUCCUACUCGCUGCGGAGAUGCAAAAUCUCAACACACCGCGAGAGCAGCUGAUGGAGAAGAAGAACGUCAACAAUAAACCAGGACGACCGGCUGGUAGUUCAUCUCAACACGCCGGGUAUAGCCAGCACGACGAUCAUGCGCCGGCGUAUUAUUCCAAUGCGGGGAAGAUGUUGAAGCAGGCCGUGGACGAGAAAAUGAUCGAGCAUCGGUAUCAGACCGAGUUGUUUGAAAUAAAUCACAGUUUAACAUCCGGGUCGACAUCGGCGAUAGGUAGAAGCAUGACAAAUAACAAGAACAGCACCACUACGACGGUUGCGGCUACAGGUAAUUUGGCGACCACGAAGAAAACCCGUGAUCCGGAGAAGGCCUCGGCGCAGCAGGAGUGGACCAAGGGAUUUCUGUCGACCCUGAUUUGAGAUAAGAUUGAUCACAUCAGGAGACCGGACCACGUUUAUCAAACAAUAUACAAGAUUUAGAAAAUUUCUACGGUUAUAAUUUCAUUUAGUUAUGUUCCAGUCGAGGUAGAAAUAACUCGGGCAAAUGACUGCUGCUGCUACCUGCAAACAGGUCAGCGCUCUUCUUCGCUUUUUUUACAACCAGAAAGGGUCAGCGUCAGCCGCGGGCAGAUGUUAUCUUGUUGGCUACGACGAGGUGAUCGCUGAUAUGGUAGAGCUAGUGUAAUUCAAAGUGCAACGAAAAAGUGUAGUGGUCAGUGACGAGGUGAAAAUCAAGUUUUCGGCAACUACAACCAAGCAAGUGCAAGUGGAAUAUAGUAAGUAGGCUAGAAGUGAACCUGAAACAGAAACAAGUUUGGUGGAUCAUGAAAGUCGUGAUUGAGAUUAGUACGAAGCUAAAGUCUACUAUUCGGGUGGCGAGCCGAUUCGGCGGUGGGAUCGAUACUGGCAGGUCCUCCGCAGCUUGAAGCCUGGAG